GACUUCUUGGUCAACAUGUCCGCCUCCGCCGACGUCCUCGCCCAGGCUAAGGUCGAGAUCGGCCUUGGUGCCAUCCCUGAGGGCAAGAACGUUAUCAUCAAGUGGCGUGGUAAGCCCGUCUUCAUCCGUCACCGCACCCAGGAGGAGAUCGACGAGGCCCAGAAGACCGAAUGGCAGUCCCUCCGUGACCCCCAGGCCGACGAGGACCGUGUCCAGAAGGCCGAGUGGCUUGUCAUGCUUGGUGUCUGCACUCACCUUGGUUGUGUCCCCAUCGGUGAAUCCGGUGACUUUGGCGGCUGGUUCUGCCCCUGCCACGGUUCCCACUACGACAUCUCCGGCCGUAUAAGAAAGGGACCCGCUCCCCUGAACCUCGAGGUUCCUCAGUACAGCUUCCCCUCCGAGGAGACCCUCGUCAUCGGUUAAAUGAUUUGAAUUGAUUCGAUCCAAGACCGCGGGCUGGGCGAUGGCCGUAAGAGCAGAAGUAGAAGGGGAGGGAGGAGGGAAAGGUUUGUGCUUUAGAUGAAAUCUCUCUCUCUGUCUGUCUUGUCAAGAUUAAAGAGACCUUGUGUUUUUAAUAUGGACCCUGAAAAAUGAGCCUCUUGUUCUAUUACUUUUCAACCUUUGCUCAUAGAGCCUGUACCACUCACUCAUUGUUUACGGGGCCCAUUUCUUCUUCCUGGGUAUAGAACUUUUGUGUCAUUAGGCAUUCUCCGCCCCGAUGGAUUCGGUUCCCCGAAUACCUCACGGAGUGAGAGAAGUGCCUGAUAGAUGAGACAUACAGAUAUGUAUCUAUCUAUCUAUUUGUCUGUCCAUCUGUUUUUGUAUGUCGAUUUUUGAGUACAUGUGUUUGCUACUUAGUUAUAGCUAUGUUUCCUUUUGUUUCGUAUAGUAAAGUCACCAUU